AUGUCAUCAUCGAAUAAUAAAUUGUUAUUAUUAACAAUGUUUAGUGUAGGAUUCCUCAUUGGAGGAGCCGUGGGGUUCGUUGGCGUAAAUCAGCAGCAGCAGCAACAUCAAAUUCAUGAUAUCGAAAAUGAUCAAGAACAAGAAAUUGAUGAUGAUGACAUUACAGUAGUAAAUUGUAAAUUUUACAAUAAACAAUCAUACCUUUCCUCCCAUCACACAUCAUUCCCAUCCCCACAUUCAUCCCUAUCAAAUUCUUCCACAUCAUCGGUUAUUCCAAAAUUACAUCAACUUCACAUACAUCAAAAAGAACUUUAUAAGAAGCAACAAACAUUACAUUCUUAUAUAAUAACAUUCAAUCAUAAAUAUACUUGCUUAUUAACCGAAACAAAUGUUUUUAAGGGGUAUUCCUGUUUACAAAUGUCUAAGUCAAAAGAGAAGUUGGAUUUGUUACAGCAAAAAAUUAAAUGUAAAGGUAAAUCGAUAUCGGACAAUAUUAACGGAGGUUUUGGAUAUAUUUUAGAAAUUAAGAAUUAUAUGAAAAUGCAAAUGGCUGAAAUGAAAUGGUUGGAACAAUUUAAGGAAACGUACGAAGAAAAGUUGGAGAACUCUAUGAAGGAAUUAGAUGAAAUGAAAGAGGAAUUUAAUGAAUGUAAACAAAGGACAUUAAGAGAAAUUGAAGAAAUAAGAGUGAGGGUUGAAGAAUUAAAAUAUGAGAUUGGAUUGUGUGGUGAUGAAGAGAUAGUUAAAGAAAUAAGUGAAGAAUUGAAAAUUGGUGAAUUAACCAAUCUUUUGUUUGAAAAUGGUUGUAUUGAAAUAUAA